UCCACACACACACAUGUGAUGUGUUCGUGUUUUUCCCAAGCAGGUCCUUCUUAUUUUCUUGUGCAUUUACAAGAUGCGUGCUUAUGGAGCGUCUGGGGUAUUUUUGACCUUUACGUUACUUUUGCAUUUUCUUUGUGUUCACUCAAUAAAUCCAACCGCGUUCAAAGGCAUGAAAGUGACCAAGACGGUUCCAGCUGCUGAUGGCCAAAGGAGAGCCAAGCACGACAAAAGUAUUCAGUCAGCAUCACCGUUAUCAGGAGACGUACAGUCACAGCGGGCGAUCAAGGAGGCAAUUGAACCUCAUGAUUACAUGAUCUCCAUCUACAAGACCUUUUCCUCGGCUGAGAAACUGGGACUGAACGCCAGUUUUUUCCGUUUGUCAAAAGCAGCAAACACCAUAACGAGUUUCGUGGACGAGGGUCAAGAUGACCUUUUGAACUCCCCACUAUGGAGACAGAAAUACUUAUUUGAUGUGUCGACUCUUUCUGAGAAUGUGGAGCUCUUGGGUGCUGAACUGAGGAUACACACAAAGAUCUCCGGAAGCUUCCGAGCAUCUGAGACGGGCCCAGUGGAGAUACAGCUGCUCUGCUGCCAGUCGCACGCCGUCCUUGAUUCCAAAACCCUGGAUCUGGAGGAUGCGCAUAAACCGAAAUGGGAGGUUUUUGAUGUAUGGGAGAUCUUUAAGGAACGUCGCCGGCACUCCGACGAGACACGCUUCUGUUUAGAGCUCAAGGCGACGCUCGAUAAUCCUGAGAGGGAAAUCGACUUGCAAUAUCUUGGAUUUCACAGACAUGGCCGCCCGCAACUUAAGAAAGCCAUAUUGGUUGUUUUCACAAGGUCAAAAAAGAGACAAAGCCUUUUCUAUGAAAAAAGGGAGAAGAUUAAACCGUGGGGUCUGGAUAGUUUUGGGAAGGAGAAAGGACCUCACUCAAAGUCCCGACGGAGAAGACGGACCACGUUACCUAACCGCCACGGCAAAAGGCACGGCAAAAAGUCCAAAUCUAGGUGCAGCAAAAAACCCUUGCAUGUGAAUUUCAGGGAGUUGGGUUGGGACGAUUGGAUCAUCGCUCCCUUGGACUAUGAGGCCUAUCACUGUGAGGGCAUGUGUGACUUCCCCCUCCGAUCUCACCUGGAGCCAACCAACCAUGCCAUCAUACAAACUCUCAUGAACUCCAUGAACCCCAGCAACAUGCCGCCCAGCUGUUGCGUCCCGUCCAAACUCAGUCCGAUCAGCAUCUUGUACAUCGACGCAGGAAAUAACGUGGUAUACAAGCAGUAUGAGGACAUGGUGGUGGAGUCCUGCGGCUGCAGGUGAUUGGGACUUUCCUGAUCCGUCUUUAGAACACUAGUGGAAGCCUUAGCUGAAAUGCUCUACUGUAAAACACAUCUGGAAAUACAGUUUUGGACUGGAAUCAAGCACAAAAACAUUGUUACAUCACUCCGGUAUUUUUAUACUUCAAAUUGGUUGUGUGUACUACGCAUCUUCAUUCUUGCAACACAUUCCUGCUUUAUAACUGUAUUUUAUGGACUGAUAUGUAAAUAAUUUUUUUAAUUGUACAGGUGCAAAUUUUUAUUUAUGUUCAGUUACACUAAGUUAUUUUCUCUUAAAGUGCCAUUGUUUAUUCAGUAAUAAUAUUUCACACAUAUAAUAAACUAUUUUAGUUAUUGUAUCUACCUCAUUGUACAAAUUAUGUUACCGUGUAAAUGUCUUCCAUUGAGAGAUUAACAUCAUAAAAGAUUUGGUAAAUAUUUUAUAAAAAGUAUGAACCACAUUAUUCCUUCAAUAAAAUACCACAAAAUUAAUUAUAUUUGUUAAAUAUUUCUUCUUGAAUACUGCCUUUUUG